CAAUUGAGAAGAGGCGGUGUGCGUGUCUAGGGAGUGCAUGGGAGUCUCUAAUACAGGACAAGCCCAGAAGGACCCCUUCUUUUUUCCCUCCUCCUGCUUUGCGUACAAAAAAACCACACGAGAUGCUGCUGGAGGGCUCUAAAAAUAGGUUGCCCCCCACCCCAGGCUGAAAGGUCCCGCCUGCGCAACGGCGAGCCUUAAGUUCACCCAGCCACCACCCGCGGAUGUAAGAGUCCGCAGUUUGCACAGGAUCUCAGCAGAUCUCCGCAAGGGGGGGCAGAUCCUUUCCCCCCUUGCCCCGCCCCCGUUUCUCUUUUCCUGGGUUGACCCCAGAUCUGCUCUACCCGGGGAGGAGGAGGAGGACGGAUCUCGGAGGGGGGAGCGGCUUCUGGGCGGCGGGGCUGCUCUCUGGAUCUGUCUCGCCGCCUUCUUCUUCCUCCUCCUCCUCCUCUUCGCCUCCCCCUCCGCUCGCGCCGCUGCCUUUCCAUAAACAUCUGGAUCAGGGGAGGGGCUUUUUUUCCGCCCCUCUCUCUCUCUUUUGGAGGGGCUCUGAGCAAUUGGCAACCUCUGAAUGGCUCCGGGGGAGAGGAAAGCGCGAGUAGAAGUUUAGGUUUCACAGUGAUAGAAGAACGUUUUAGGUUUAAACCAUGCCUGUCCCUCCUCCUCCAGCUCCUCCCCCUCCUCCAACACUUGCCUUGGCGAGUACAGAAAAGCCGAACUUAAACAGAUCAGAGCAAGCAGGACGGAAUGCUCUUCUCUCCGAUAUUACCAAAGGGAAGAAACUUAAGAAGGCUGUUACCAAUGACAGGAGUGCCCCAGUCUUCGAUAAACCUAAAGGGUCUGGUGGUGGAGGUGGCUUCACGAGCAGCAGCAGCAGUGGUGGUGGCAGCGGCGGUGGUGGUGGCGGCAGCUAUGGUGGAGGAGGACCACCUGGUUUAGGAGGUCUGUUCCAGGCAGGGAUGCCCAAACUCCGAUCUGCAAACAGGGAUAACGAUUCUCCAGGAAGCAGGGCUCCAGUGUUCCCACCGGGAGGAAAAGCAACGUCUGCAAAGCCCUUUUCACUCCCGGGUGGUGCAGGGCGGUUUGCAGGCCCUUCUCCCGGGCAAAGAACUGCCGUUCCAGAGCCACAGAGGAGCCGAAUGCCUCCACCGAGACCUGACCCUGGUUCCAGGGCUGAUAUGGGCGCUCCUCCCGUGCCAAAUACUCCAAGACCUGUCCCAUCAACGCUGUACAACCGAGGACCCCCUCCUGUGCCCGGAGCCAGCAGGCAAGUCAGCUUAGGCCUCACACCUCCGCCUUUCCCCGGAAAUCGAUUCGGAGGGUCCCUCCGCCAGUCAUCGCAAGGGGGUCAUCCUCCUCCUUUCGCAAACAGGCCUCCUCUUCCUCCGGCCCCAGGCAGGCCCACAGAAGACAAGCCUCCGCCUCCUCCACCCCCAGCAGGAAGCAGGCCACCUCUCAACCGGGAAGCUUCCUUGCCCCCGCCUCCUCCACCUCAAAACAACAGGCCUCCAGUUCCUUCCACGCCUCGGCCAUCCUUUGGCUCUCCGGUCCCUCCUCCACCACCUCCAAGCAGGCCAGGCCCGCCUCUGGUUCCACCGACGUCUGGCGGAAAUGAUGAGAUGCCGCGGCUUCCUCAGAGGAAUAUAUCGCUAGCGUGUCCUUCUCCGCCGAGCCUGCCUGGCUCUUGUCGCUCUGGACCUCUCCCUCCACCACCAGGAGAGAGGCCGCCACCUCCCGUCAGAGACCCGCCCAGCAGAUCAGGACCCCUUCCUCCACCUCCGCCACCAAUAAGCAGAAACGGUAGCACUUCACGGGCUUUGCCAGCUACCCCACAGCUUCCUUCCAGAGUCGGGCUUGAUAAACACAGAGGCGGACCACUUCCUCCUCCACUUCCUCCUGACAGGCCUGCUUCUGGAGCGCCUCCCCCACCACCGCCACCUUCGUCCGCCAUGCGAAAUGGUUUCCAGGAUUCUUCAUGCGAUGAUGAGUGGGAGAGCAGAUUUUCCUUCCAUCCUAUGUCUGACCUGCCACCUCCAGAGCCGUAUGUGCCAAUGAACAAAAGCUACCCCAGUAAACUAGCAAGGAAUGACAACAGAAGUGGAUCCAGUCGUAGAGAAAGAGGUGCUCCGCCACUUCCACCUAUUCCAAGGUGAAGUGGGGCUGUUGACCUCUUUGGGGAUGUGACUGCUUUUCUGAAAUUUCCCUUGAACCCAGCAGUCUUGUCAAAAGGUUUCCUUUCAUGCCGCACUUUUUUGGAGGGGCUGGGGAAUCCCACUCUUGGUAUCAUUUUCAGAUCAAGCCGUCAGAAUCCUGCUCAGGUUAUUCCUGCCGAUUUCCACCUUGGUUCUACAAAUCAAAGAUUUUGUGAACUGUAAUCCAAAUCCCCAUUUAUGGGGAAUUUUAAGUUACUUUGAAAUUAAUGGGGACUUGGUUCCAAUAAGGUGCUUAAUAUUGGGGGAGCAGUAUAUUAUUAUUACUAUUGUUACCUUGAAAACUGUCUUGCAAGGCAAGUGGGGACUGUAUGGAUCACAUUUUGGAGCCCAGUCCAAGUCUUGCCAGUACCAUCAAAAAGAGCCAAGACUUUCAGCUUGUCUUGUAGUGCGGGACAAUAACAUUUUACAAAAUUCAAGUCUCUGUUACAUUAACCUGAAACAUAGCUUCCUUGACAACCUUCUGUAUUUCUUUCCAUGAUAAAGAUGAUUCGUAGCACUUCUCUCCCCCCCCCAAUUGCAGUCUUGUCUGAGAUUACUGAUCAAAUUGAUCAAAUUAGUUUGACGAUUAGAGGUAGGGGGAAAGAACUACACGGCACAACUUUUAAUACAUUCCAUCUCUGGAAAGAGUUGGGAUUCAUUGUAUGUGACAUUCUUACUCUCUCUCAGGCAAUCUGCGAAAACUUUAAUGAAUUGUAGCCCUUCAGAGACCAAAAGAAUGUUGCACUGUGUUUGCCAAAGCAUUGGUAGCAACUUUUAACAAAUCCACCGAAAAUGCCUAUGUCACAAUUCAGGGCAGUACAUGCACGGAAGCAGGCUUCCAGGCAUGUAAAUCUAGCUGGAGGGAGGGAGGUGUCUACAACCAAAUACUGUGUACACAGAUCCUCCCUCCUGUCCCAGAGGCAGGGACCGUUUGCUCAGACAUCUCCAUUUUCUUUAUUAAAAAAACAAACAAAUAGCUAAGAUCUUGCAGGUGGACUUUUCAGCAUUGGAAACUGGGGUGUCUUCUAGCCAAACAGCUGGAUUGGUGGAGUUUCAUAUUUUGGAAGAAGAAGAAAAAAGAAUUUGGGGCUUGCGGGUGCUACAAAACAACAAGAUUCAAGAUGUCAUUGUCAUCUUGGAAGUUAAGUUCUUCUUUUGCUAACAGUCAUGCUGUUGGGCUUUUCCUCUGGGGUGAGUUUUACCCCAUGGUUUCUGAAUUGGUGGUUCUGCAAAACAAAUCGUUGUAAAGCUCUCUCCUUUGAACUAUGCAAGGCAAAUAUUCAAAGUUAGUGUAUAUAAGCAACAAUAGAUGCUAAUAAGACUCUUUCUGUGGCUUUCUGCUAACACCUCUGCCCUGAGCUUCCAUUUCUUUCAUGGUACCAUUGAAACUGUUCUUAGCUAUGAAAAUAUUUUUUUUAUUUUGGCUCCUGUGUGCUGAAGACACUCCCCUCUCCUUUGAUGUGGCAGCUGUUAAUCAAGCAUCCAGCUGCAAGCAGGAAGUGUCAGCAAGAGACAUUUGGUUGACCUGUUACAAGCUCUUUCCUUUCCACGAGGUGCAAAACAGCUGGACAGCAUUUUAAAGUUACGGCUUUGUUGCAAAAUUUCAUUACUUUUCGCAGGAAUUUUCUUGUCAUUCUGACAGUUGAUAAGUGCAUUUACUCUUUCACAACCGAUUCACCUUUACACACAUGAGAGAAAUGUGGUCCUUAAUUGGAACAUGAUUGAGAAUGGAAUGACUAUUUAUGGAAGCUCUGAAGAUGGCUCUCUUGUACACAUUACUAUGCAAAUUGGAGACAAAGGGAUGACUUUCCUGGUGAUGUCAUGAAGGAAAAAGUGGGAAGAUGGAAGAUGUGUAUUAUAGUAUAAUAAUAUCCAAAGUUAAGUUGUGGUGGGACAGUUGGAGCAAGAUUUCCUUAGAGAUGCACAUGAAAAGUAUACUUAGAUCUUUGGGGAAGCUUUGAAAAGGAACUCAGAAAUAUUCACAAUGGUGCAGCCAAGGUUGCACUUUGCUUUAGACCAGAGGUUCCCAAACUGUGGUGGUCCAUGAGCUUCAUUCAGGUGGUCUGUGGCAUGUCUGUGAAGAACACUUACAAUUUGAAUUUAAUGGAAUUCAGAUGGUAAUAAUAGUAAAGUACAAUAUAAGAAAACAAGCCAUAAAAAUACAACUAAAGCUCACACUGCAAUUGUAAUUGCUCGUUACAAUUGCUACAACAGGCAAAUAAUAAUCAUCAAGAGGUCUGCCAAGACCCAUAGCACUUAUCAAGUGAUCUGUGGGAAGAAAGUUAGGAAGCCACUACUUUAGACUAUGUGCAUUCCCGUUGAUGAUAAAUAAAGCAGGCUGGAGCUUUAGGAUGGAAAAACACUGCUUUGCAUUUACAAUCUGUGUGUACAGAAAUAUGUAUGUAAAAGCUUUUUUAUGACUCUUUUUCAUUAAAAGGAAAAAAAAGUUACUGCGUAGCUUUAGGUUUUAUGUUGAGGUGCAUUCCACGAGCCCCUCUUGUGAUGGAAUCCUUGCAGUUGAAUAUAUUCAGGGACCCAAAGAUUCCACCCACACAGGUCUCGUUGCAAAAUUGGAAAGACCUUUUUUCAGCCAUAAGCACAGCAACGUCUUGCAAUACCUUUUGGGAUCAAGCAUACAAUAAUAAUGGAUUUUUCAGCAGACUCUUUUCCUAUUCACUUAACAAUCCUUUACAUAUAUGCAGUAUUAAUUAACAGUUCCAGUUUCAGCUCAAUUAGUAUUGUGUGUGUGUAUUAUUAUUUUUUAAAAGCAGGAUGUAAAAUGUUAAAUUAUUACAUUUUUGUUCCUGGAAUGGAACACUUCAGCCUUCUGAAGAACAAAUGAAGUACAAAGUUUUACAGUGGGGAUUUAAAAAAAAUAAUUGUACAUUUUGUGUAAGCUGAUUUAAGAGCAAAUUCCCUCUUUGAAUAUGUUGAUUAAAGAUGGCAGAGAGAAAUUGACGACAGUGCUUUCAACUGAUCGCUCAAGUUAGAAAUUUGGUUAUGCAAUAGAGUGGAGAUGGUUGCAUUAUCUACUCCUUGUUGCUGCCAAUGGAUUAUUCAUUGAGUGAGUGAAGUUCUGGAGCUGUGUUCUUCAGCUAGUCAGUCUGGAUCUUUGCAGUGAAAAAGCAUGACAGCAAGGAACAGCCAUGUAAUGAAAAGCAAAGGUGUCAAGAGGGCAGACAAAAGAAGGAAUAAGCAUGCAGCGGUUAAAACCUGGUGAUUUCACAAGCAACGUCCACUCAGAAACUCUCAGGAUUAUGGUAUUUAGAAACUCUGUGAUGUGAUUUCAUUUGAUCCUGCCAAUUGUCUGUACCAUUGGCAAAUUAAUUCCCGUGCAAUAUUAUCUGAAAUUCUAACCAAAGCCUUGGCAUUUAGAAUGCAACGUGGCCUUUUAGAGAGAGAAGCAAAACCUGGAGCUUCCGUCUUCCUCAGAGGAUAACAUUUUAGCACUUUCUCUCCAAUAGGAAUCUUCCUUGGUGUGUGUAUAUGUUAAGUAUUGUCAGGAAAUACUUAAAAGGAAAAACAAUAAUAGGGCUUGUUUGGUGUAAAGCAUAUUUCUUUUUCUUUCACCAGAUACAUUGAUAGAAGCAGCAUUUUCAAGUCUAGCAUAUCAUUUUAUUAUCGGUAUUUUAGAUUAAAUAUUUAUUUGACUAUGUACAAUGAUCAAACAGCAGAAAGCAAAAGAUUCUUCCCAGUGGUGCCUUACUGUUACUAAAAAGCCACUUUUAAAAUAUCCAAAUGGCUGCUGUCUUUUUUAAAACAACAACAAAAAUUAGAUCAUGUUCCCACAGCCCCCAGAAUUUCAAAUAUAAAAUUGUACUUUGUAUAUGGUGUAGUGUUUAAGCCCCAUCUCUUUUCCCAUUGGUUGUCUUAACAUCUAACCCUGAAGCCCACUGUAUAGAAAUAUUUUGGAUUUCAGUAAGACUUGUUAAAAUACUCUUUUUGGUAUGUAUAUUCAGGCAAGUUACAUAGAUCAAUACAAUUUCCAAAUGAAUGAGUUUAAGACCGAGAUCUUAAAAUGAGCAAAAGUUUUAAACCCUACAGAUGUUUUUACCCCUAUUUUUACCCGUUUUUACAGAUGUUUAAACCCUACAGAUGAUUUGAUUCAUCAAAUGGAUCGUGAACUUACAGAGCAAGUUCCAUUAUAUAAUACAGAGCUUUCUAAACGUUCCCCAUGCUCCUCCCGGGACUGGAAAGGGGUUCUUUACUUUAACCUCUUGUUUACUAGUAAAACUGAAUUACUGUGUCAUGAUGCAUGCCUAAAAAAUGUUGUCACCAACAUGGAAAGUUUGGAAACCUCUGAUAUAAUACAUACUCACCACUUUUUUAUAUAUAUGAGAUUGCACAGGUGUAUUAGAGUAAAACAAUGCCCAUAAUGUAAAUAAGAUUUUUUUCUAUUUGACUUUGCUUUGUGUUAUUAACAUGCAUAUCUUAAAAUAUGUUAUCACUGUGACUCAAAUUGUGAGAAACCAGGUAACAAAUAAACUUGUGUCUGUCCAAAGCAAAAAUAAAAAUAAAAUUGGAGCAA